UGGAUGAACCUGAUGAUGACUUGAGACAUGCAUCAAUAUUUCUAAGUGGAACGCCGCCUGCACAAAUUUAUCCCGUGAAAGUUCCACUUACCCGAACGCCGGUUAUAUUGGUCGUUGAUCAACGUUGAUGUUCACGCUGCCCAGAAUGACGAUGACCACCAGCAUGGCUUCCACAUAUCCUUUUGAACCGAGCCCCCAGUGGACGACAAUCAACCCUAGGCCAUUCCUGCCAUUUCGCACCCACGGAGGAGACUUGGAAGCACCCCCGUUGCCGUCUCCUCCCCGGAAUCAGCUGUUCAACGACAAUUAUGUUGUUACCACCCAUCUCGUGCCUGCUCCAUGUCCAAGACUCACUCCAGAUAUUCCAUUGCCUGUGGUCCCCAAAUUCUCGACGAAUUCCACAGAACGGAAGCAAGGUAUCCAGCAGCUUGCCACCGAAAUUGGGAAGCGACAAGAGAGCUUCGUGCAGGGUGGGUUAGGUGGAGAAAAGAGUGAGAAGCCGUUGUGGAACUGCGUUAACCGAUAUGUGAAGAGAGUUAAAGAUGGGAAGAAGGGAUUGACAUUGUUCUUUGCUCAUGCAAAUGGUUUUCCCAAGGAGAUUUGGGAAACUACUCUGCGAUAUUUAUUAUCGUCAUCUACGGCCUCACUGAUCGACGAGGUGUGGUCUUGGGAGGCUGUCCAGCAUGGUGAUGCUGCAUUGGUCAACGAGUCAAAUCUCAGUGGCAUAUUUGAUUGGCGAGACAACGCACGGGAUAUUGCACACUUCCUGUUACACUACUUACCUGAAGAUGCAUCUUCGGAAAGUUUUCCCGAUCAUCUACAUCUUCUGCCGGAGAAUAUCAGUGAAUCUCGGAAGACUAACGGAUUUUCAUCCCGCUCUCUGGUCGCUGUUGGACAUUCAUUCGGGGGCUGCUCUUCGAUAAUGGCGGCUGUCAACUUUCCUGCACUGUUCUCAUCCAUGAUUCUCAUAGAUCCUGUGAUCGUUCAAUAUCUUGGCUAUUCCUCCGGUUUCCAGGUCUCCAAAUGUGCCGCUGCCCUUACCAGGCGCGAACGCUGGCUGUCACGUGAGGAAGCAUUACGCUUGUUCAAGGCGUCUCCAUUCUUCGGAGCUUGGCAUCCUGAUACCCUGGAGCUAUAUGUUACAUAUGGCUUGUGCAAGGAUUCACAAGGGGGCGUGAGGCUAAAGAUGUCAGGUGUACAUGAGGCCUUGGUAUUCGCAGAUCGAAUAGGAUCAAAUGAAGCAUGGGAACUACUGGGAAGGCUGGACGAGCGAAUAGAACUACGUUGGAUUGUUCCAGGGAAGGCCGAAGACAAAGGGGUUAUGGGUAAAGAAGCAACGAAGGUGCGAGUGUGGCGAAGGCCUGCCAAUUCAUCUAAUGUGGUCAUUCGUUCUGCUGGCCAUCUGAUUCCUCAGGAAUCCCCAGAGGAACUCGCUCAAGAGAUAUCAGCUUUCCUGGAGAGAAAGUACGAGCUACGGAGUAGAGCAUACCUGUGAUAUCCUUUGCGGUG